CCUCCUCAGGUUACCGCCAUGGGGCUGCCCCCUCCCCGCAGGACGCCGCAGCCCCGCGGCCCCCGCCCUCCCUCGGAAUUCUCUUCCCCUUGAGGCCCCGCCCCGGGCUUUCCUUUCCGGGGGCGCCCCCUGGGGGGGGGUGUCCGCCCCUCCGUCUCCCCUGCCCGUUUUUGGAAGCUGUCACAAAGAAUUGAGGGACACGUGCCCCGGUCCCCCUGGGGAAACUGGGACCCAGCCCGAGGAGGAGGACUUGCUUAGUCCCACGAAUUGAGUUGUGGUCCGAUUGAGCCAGGCUUGCUUUCGUUCCGUAAAUGACGUGCCCCGCGCACACUUAGGGGCCAGCCCCAGUGCUGGGCUCUGAGGACACGGAGGUGACUCCUCGGCUAGUCAUGGUUAUUACGUCCUGCCCGGAGAGUACAGUUGAGUGAGAAGUCCACCAUGAAGCACAUAACCCAUGCGAGUCAACGGUACACAUUCAGAUGGUGCCAGGCACGUUGGCGAAGACGAAAGCACGACAAGAGGAGGCCGGUUUGAGACAGGGUGGUCCAAGAAGACUUCCUGAAAGGGAUGACCCUUCCGCUGCAGCUUGGGAAAUGAUGGCAAGGGCCAGAGGAAACACAUCCUAGGCAGAGGGAACAGCCCCUGUGGAUACCCGAGUUGGCGAAGAACGUGCUUGGCAUGAGGCAGGUCCAACGUUCAGGAAAGGGCGUUGAAGAUGUGCCAAGUACUGUGAUUGGCAUACGAAAUAUACUGUUUGUGGACCGGGCAGUAGCCCACCGUCUGGUGCCCUAGACAUAAGUAACAUGCAGAGACAAAGUGGCAAGUGUGCCAAGUGGUAUGAUGGAGACGUAUGGCUAGUACGUUGGUAUUUUAUCUGAUGGGGAGGAGAAGGAAGAGUUCUCUGAGAAGGCAUGGUUAAGCUGUUAUCCGAAACACGGGAUAACCGCAAGAGAUGUGACAAUGGAUCAUCAUGUUGCCACCAUCAAACCUCGAAGAAUCCAGAACCAGAACGUCAUUCACCGCUUGGAACGCCGGCGGAUCAGCUCCGGCAAAGCAGGCACCCACUGGCAUCAGGUCCGCGUGUUCCACCAGAAUGUCUUCCCCAACUUCACGGUGGUCAACGUGGAAAAGCCUCCUUGUUUCUUGCGUAAAUUCUCACCUGAUGGACGCUACUUCAUUGCUUUUUCUUCAGACCAGACAUCUCUGGAAAUCUAUGAGUACCAGGGCUGCCAGGCGGCCGAGGACCUCCUGCAGGGCUACGAGGGGGAGAUCCUUUCCAACGGCAACGACCAGCGCUCCGUCAACAUCCGCGGCCGGCUCUUCGAACGCUUUUUCGUCCUGCUCCACAUCACCAACGUGGCAGCCAACGGGGAGCACCUGAACCGGGAGUGCAGCCUGUUCACCGACGACUGCCGCUGUGUCAUCGUGGGCUCGGCGGCCUACCUCCCCGACGAGCCCCACCCUCCUUUUUACGAGGUGUAUCGGAACAGUGAAUCCGUGACCCCCAACCCACGGUCCCCUCUGGAGGACUAUUCCCUCCACAUCAUUGACCUUCACACGGGCCGCUUAUGUGAUACGCGUACCUUCAAGUGUGACAAAGUGGUCCUGUCGCACAACCAAGGACUGUACUUGUACAAAAACAUCCUGGCCAUCUUGUCAGUGCAGCAGCAGACCAUCCACGUCUUCCAGGUGACGCCUGAAGGCACUUUCAUCGACGUGAGGACCAUUGGCCGCUUCUGCUACGAGGAUGACUUGCUCACCGUGUCCGCUGUGUUUCCCGAGGUGCAGCGGGACAGCCAGACAGGCAUGGCCAAUCCUUUCCGGGAUCCCUUCAUCAACUCCCUGAAGCACAGGCUGCUCGUGUACCUGUGGCGCCGGGCAGAGCAGGACGGGAGCGCCAUGGCCAAGAGGCGCUUCUUCCAGUAUUUUGACCAACUGCGGCAGCUGCGCAUGUGGAAAAUGCAGCUUCUGGACGAAAACCACCUGUUUAUCAAGUACACGAGUGAGGAUGUGGUCACGCUGAGGGUCACAGACCCUUCUCAGGCAUCUUUCUUUGUGGUGUACAAUAUGGUGACAACAGAGGUGAUCGCUGUGUUCGAGAACACGUCCGAUGAGCUUCUGGAGCUCUUUGAGAACUUCUGUGAUCUCUUCCGCAAUGCUACCCUGCACAGUGAAGUCCAGUUUCCCUGCUCAGCUUCCAGCAACAAUUUCGCAAGGCAGAUCCAGCGCCGAUUCAAAGACACCAUCGUGAACGCCAAGUACGGAGGGCACACGGAGGCCGUACGCCGACUGCUGGGCCAGCUCCCCAUUAGCGCCCAGUCCUACAGCGGUAGCCCCUACCUUGAUCUGUCUCUGUUCAGCUACGAUGACAAGUGGGUGUCGGUCAUGGAGCGGCCCAAGACUUGCGGAGAUCACCCUAUCAGGUUCUAUGCCCGCGACUCUGGUUUGCUCAAGUUUGAGAUCCAGGCUGGCCUCCUGGGCCGCCCCGUCAGCCACACCGUGCGACGUCUUGUGGCCUUUACCUUUCAUCCCUUUGAGCCCUUUGCUAUUUCUGUGCAGAGGACUAACGCUGAGUAUGUUGUCAACUUCCACGUGCGACACUGCUGCACGUAGGGGCCCCACCAAAGCCAGGUUUCCUGGGCUCCCAGGACUUUCCCCCUCUCGUCUCGUGGACUCGAAGCAGAAGCUCCUGACUGUCAGCGUGUUGGUGCCAGACCGGUGUUACCUCUGGUGGGGAGAGCUGGACCGAGGGGUGAGGGCGGCCCAGCCUAAUGACACUGUCGUAUCGUCUACAGAAAAGCUGCUGAUUGAUUUCACGUCCUCUCGCCUUUUCCCUGUGGCAAUGCCUUAGUUAAGUCCAUUUCAUUUUUGUUUUAUUUUGCAUUUUAUUGCUAUGAAAUGAGAGCAUUACAUCUUUCCCUCCUUCAUAUCACUUCUUUGGCAUUAUGGUAUGCAGCCUGAAGCAGGUAAAUCUUGUUUACUCAAGAGAACGGUGUACGUCCUUUCUACUUAGCCAACAAGCAGGGCUGUCUUUAUAAGAAAACAAAAUAAAGCCUUGGUAUUUUCUUACU